AUGGGCGUGGACCGCCUCCAGCUGGUCACGGUCGCAGCCGGAGCAGUUGCAGUUGGCGUAUCGGUGCUGUUCCGCCACGGGACGCGGCACGCGGGCAGGCCAGGAUCCGCCAUGGUCGCACCGGUUGCGUCGGACCACGGCAAGCGCGACGCCAUGGAGGCAUCAGUUCUCGCGCUGCCGCCGCACGUGCCGCCGGCCGCGGACGCCGAGCACAGCCAGACGGAGCUUGACACGCAGCGGGCGCUCCCCGUCGCGGGCCACGACGAGCGGCCGGGCCCGCACCACGCGGUGGCGGCAUCCGUGUCGCGCAUGUCGCUCGGGCUGGUCAUGGAGGACGUGGUGAAGAACAUGCUCGCGCUGGACGAGGACAGCGAGCGCGAGCGGCUCGCGCAGGAGAUCGCGGAGAGGGCGGUGGCGCUGGCGGUGGCGGACCUGGACGACCCGGCGAAGCAGCCGGGGGCGCUGGAGAGCGAGCGCGCGAGCAAGGUCAUCGGGGCGUUCAUCGAGCAGGGGCUCAACAUGUGGUAG